UUUUACACGUGCUGCUGUAUUCAAGUGUUUAAUCACUGACAGUAUAAUAUAAAAGGCGAUUCAUUUAUUUUUGGUCACAUACAAAUUAUUGCUUAAAUUACUCACUAUCUUAACCUGUUCUCCCCAAUUUUAUUACUAUUAAAUCCUGAGUAUUGUUUUGGGUGCGUGUGUGUGAUGUACCCCAAAAGACUUUGGGAUUUAGGUAACUGUUAAGUGUGGAUAUGGACACACAAGACUCAGAAGAGGACGUGGGAAAGAUGGAGUGUGAACAGCCAGAAAAAACAACAUCUCCAGCUCCAUCUUACACAUCUCUACAAAGUGAUCAUUCAAUGGAUCCACCAGUGCAGUUUAAAGAUAACACAACGACUAUUAGACUGAGGCCAGAUAAAACAUCAUCUCCAGCUCCAUCUUACACAUCUCUACAAAGCGAUCAUUCAAUGGAUCCACCAGUGCAGUUUAAAGAUAACACAAGGACUAUUAGUUUGAGACCAAACAAAACAACAUCUCCAGCCCCUUCUUCUACAUCUUUAAAAAGUGAUCAUUCAAUGGAUCGACCAAUACAGUUUACAGAUAGAACACAGAAAAUCAGGUUAACACCAGUUGAAGCAACAUCUCCAGCCCCUUCCUGUACAUCUCUACGUAGUGAUCAUUCAAUGGAUCGACCAAUACAGUUUAAAGAUGAAACUCAGAGUUUCAUUAAGGAUGAAAGUAUUUUAAAGCAAAAUGUUAUGGAGCCAUUUGAUAAAAAUUUAAGAAAGGAGGUGCUGUCUCCAGAUAUCAGUACAUUUUCAGCCACACUGCUGACAGAGGAUCAUUACAGAUGUUCAGUGUGUACAGAGGUCUUCAAGAAUCCAGUUUCUAUUCCCUGUGGACACAGUUACUGCAAACACUGCAUUGAGAUCUACUGGAGCAAACCAACUCAAGCUGAAUGUUACGCUUGUCCUCAGUGCAGAAAGAGGUUCAGAGAUCGGCCUGUGUUAUAUGUGAAUGUUGCUUUAGCUAAACUGAUAGAUGAACUACAGCGGGCUGGGUUUAGUCCUGCUCUUCCUGCUCACUGCUAUGCUGGACCUGAAGAUGUGUCCUGUGAUAUCUGUACUGAGAUGAAGCUCAAAGCUGUUAAAUCCUGUUUGACCUGCUGUGUGUCUUACUGUGAGACUCACGUCAGACAACACUACACUGUACCAGCACUGCAGAGACACAACCUGACAGAGGUUACCAUCUCAACACAAGACAGUACAGACAUGAAAGAGUUAAAAGAUCUUCAAGGUUUUAAGACUGAGCUUCUCGGUAAGAUGAACAGAGUCAUUAAAGAGCAACAAGAGGAGAUCAGAGACUUAAGAACAAAACUUUAUGAACAGAGCGUGGAUGUAGAAGCUGAAUAUUCUUAUUUAGCUAAAUAUUUCCACAGUGGACUUUCUAGUACCGAUUUGCCCAAAGAUCUAACUGAGGUUGUUGCUCUUGGUCGCCAUUUGGACCUUGGAAUGUUGUAUGACUGCCGCAAUGAAUCUUUCUCUUCAGGAAUUCUGUCUUCUGUGAUUUUAUAUGCAAAAAAGAUCUUGCAAGACUUGUGCAGAAAGAAACUGGGCUGGGAUGAUAUAAUUCCUGUUUUAAGUGCUCAGGAAUGGAGUAGUUGGUUAAAUGGAUUACAUGACUUGGAAAACUUCAAGAUUGACAGAUGCUUCAAACCUGUGGGUUUCGGAGAGCUCACAAGUGCACGUUGCCUUUGUAAUGGGAAAAUCGAGAGUAGCCCCUCUGAAGUCAGUAUCUAUCCCUCAUAUGGAACUAACAACAGCAACAUUGGCAAGUCGAAUGGAUUCAUUGCUGAGAACAGAACUGUCCAUGCAUCUUCAAGACUCUGUCUUUUGGACUGA